UGAAGACACUUCUAGAACCAUCCCCUGAGUCACCAACCUUCACGUUUCUGCCAGAAAAAACUCUUGCAUCACAUCCAGAGCCAGCAGGACAAUGACCAACAGCUUCAUAUGUAUAACCUGCAAGACAGCCAUGGAACCCUACAGAGAUAGGACAGCUGCUGUCCUGUCAGGAACAUCUGCAAGGAACAUCACUCCUUCUCCAAGGAGAACCAUCUCUUUCUUGUGAAACAGAUGACAUGAUUAAGGAUGUGGAUCAAGCCUGAAGGGAUUCCAAGGUUAUAUUCCACCCUUUCCAAAAGUUAGAGGAUUUCCAAGCUCAGCACCACACCUUUCCAAGGAUUUUCCUGUGCCAUUCAGCCCUUCCACAGUGGCCUGGAUUCAGCACUUUGGCUGGGUGCUGUGUAUUGCAUGUCUUUGGAAAGACUCCCACUGACUCCUUUGAGGUCCAGAGGAAACAACAUCUAUAUGGCAGCAAUCUUUUCCUAGAGACUGCAAUGUAAAAAUGGCACAGGACUGGACAUAGAGCUGAUGUAUACACUGGACAGGUACUGUUUAGAUGGACAGGUCCACCUUCAGUGCUGUUGCAAUUGCCGUGGAGUCAGUGGAAUGACAGGAGGGGGAAGUGUGGUGUGUGUGGGAUUCCCACAGAGCAACUGGUGGGCCGUAACCAGCUGAUAAUUGAAGAAGAUACUCAGCUCUGUGAAGCACCGUGGAGGAGAUGUCUGACAGAUCUUCAGGACAGACAGCAGCACUUGCUUGCUCCAGGUAUUGUGCUCGAUGGCACAUUCAAGACCAAGAUUUCCUUUGUAGGCCAGGAGUAAAAUCCUUAUUUUCCUGCAAUAAAGAGGACAGUCAGAAGGGAAAGGCAGAGCACAGCUGGCCAAAACCCAGACUCAUCUGGGCACCAUGAGCAUCUCCCAUGGCAUCAUUCAGGACUUGAGGUGCUUCAGACUUGUACAAUCAGAGACAACCCCUGCCAGGGAGCAGGUGAGCAGAGAAGAGGAAAUUUUCUUGCUAAAGGACACAGAGCAGAGAGGGCCAGAAGGAAAACCUGAACCCCCCAAAGCCUGCCUCUCAUCCCAGUGUUAUCUCAGAGUUCAUCCCUGCAAAAUCUACUGAGGACGUGAGCAACAGCAUUUUAAUGCAAGCUAAUGGGAACCAAUUCUGUAUCUUCAAGGCAAGAUCAUGAGGUUUUAAAGUUACCCUGAAGAAUAACAACAGAUAAUUGAUUCAGCUCUACAGCAGCCAAUGCCAGCACAUCUCUACAUCUCAACUUCACCCUGAGCCUCAGGUAAUGUUGUGUUUCACGUUCCUCAGCUCCAGGAGCCACCAGGAGCAAAGGACGUCUGGAUCCGUCCUCCGUGUCCUGGCACACGGCAGGGUCGUGCUGAAGGGCAGCUGCAUGUCAAGAUGGCAGCUUCAAACCUGGAAAACCAGCUGCAGAGUGCCCAGAAGAACCUGCUGUUCCUGCAGCGGGAACACGCCAACACGCUGAGGGGGCUGCACGCCGAGAUCCGCCGCCUGCAGCAGCACUGCACAGAUUUAACCUAUGAGCUGACUGUAAAGAGUUCAGACUUGUCAGGAACUGGCAUUUCGAGAAGCGAUGAACUCAAGAGGAAGUGUGAAGAUCUUGAAGCUCAGCUGAAAGUCAAAGAGACUGAAAAUAAUGAGUUGAUCAAAGAACUUGAACAAAAGAAUGCGAUGAUAAUGGUGCUGGAAAACACUAUUAAAGAAAGAGAAAAGAAGUACUUGGAAGAGUUAAAAAUGAAAAGCCAUAAGCUCAACAUGUUGUCAAGUGAACUAGAGCAGAGAGCAAGCACUAUCGCUUAUUUAACUUCUCAGCUCCAUGCCACUAAGAAGAAGCUGAUGAGUUCAAGUGGGACUUCGGAGGGGACCCCUUCUGGCAGCCCCGUGCUGUGCAGCUACAAACCGUCUCCCCCCAAGGAUAAACUGCCGGAGACUCCGCGGCGCAGGAUGAAGAAGAGUUUGUCCACGCCCCUCAACCCCGAGUUUGAGGAGGCCUAUCGGGCGGGAGCGGAGAGCCGCAAGCUGCUGCUGCGGGAGCCCGUGGAUGCCAUGCCUGACCCCACACCGUUCCUGCUGGCCAGGGAGACAGCAGAGGUGCCUCUUGUUAAGGAGAGGCCCUUGGUGAUCCCACCCAUCGCUUCAGACCGCGCGGCCAGAGUGUCGCAGAGCCCGGCCCGCGAGAAGCCGCACAAGGCACACAUCGGGGUGGCCCAUCGGAUCCACCACACGGCGCCCGCCCCGCCACAGCCCCAGGUGGAAACCCUGGCAGUGGAUCAGGUCCAUGGCAGCAAAGUGGUCAGAAAGCACUCAGGGACGGACAGAACUGUUUGAGUCCAUCGCCCAAAUGCUCUACUCUGUUGCUAUCGAUGCACUGUGAUCCUGUAGGGUAACUAGCACCUGCAGUCAAGUUUCUUUUGAUGCCCCAUGCAUGCCAAACUUCUUCCAGGUACUUCAUUGAUAGAUUAUGCUCCCCUAACAAAACCUGUGUUCAUAUGGCAAGGUGUAUAACUACUAAAUGCUGUGGCCAAAUCAGGGGUGCCUGACUGCUUGCUUCUGAGCACUGCUCCGUUUAUUGUAUCUACACGUGUGGACAAAGGCACAGGCUGCGUUAUUAACCAAUAGUAGUGAAAACAAACAACUAUAAACCUGCAGCAAUAUCUAUUGGCUGUUAACAUUUGAA